GACUCAGGUGGGUGCCAUCAUGGCCUUCAGCCAGCUGAAGUUCAAGGAGCUGGGUGAGGAGGAGCCCAGCUGGGAGGAGGAGAGCAUGGACAGCGUGAAGGCUUUGACGGCCAAGCUGAAGCUCCAGACGCGGAGACCUUCCUACCUGGAGUGGGAGGCUCGGGUGCGGGGCCAGCCCUGGCGCAACCGGACCUCUGGGGGGGCACCGGGGGCAGAGCUGGCGUCUGAGCACCCCAAGGAUGAGCAGGAUGGAGGGGUCUGUGGUUUUGCCACUAUGGAGGCAGCUCUGGAGUGGCUCAGGAUGGAGCUGCGGGAGAUGCAGGCCCUGGACCAGCGCCUGGCGCAGCAGCUGAUGCGCCUGCGGGCACAGCUGCACCGGCUGAAGGUGGAGCAGGCCUGCCACCAGCACAAGGAGAUGCUGGACGACGCCACCUUCGGCCUGGAGGGCUGCGAGGAAGACUCCGACCUGCUCUGCAACAUCCCCCCCAAGGCUGCCUUCCUGCUCUCCAUGCCCCUCAAGCACAUCGGUGUCACCCGCAUGAACAUCAACUCCCGGCGCUUCUCCCUCUGCUGAGCCCGGCUGGCAGCCUGCUGGGCACCCGUGGGUGCCUCUGGACCCGGCAGGGCUCGAGGAGCCCUCCCACGACGCCC